AUGUUUGGUCAGUUUUUUUUCGAUACGUUUUUUUAGUUAGGUUGUGGAUUGUGGGUGUGUGAAAGUCUAAUUUCAAAUUUCAAAAGUCCUAAAUGUCUAGGUCUAAAACUCCUUAUUUUUGGGCCUUAAAAACCCUAUUUUUUGAGCUAAUAUAAGCUCUAUUUUCAGCCCAAGAAUCCUAAUCACGCCUUACCUUAAAAGCCCUAAAUUUUAAGCCCAAAAAUCUAGCUUAAAACCAUAGUUUUUAAGCAUUAAGGUCCCUAUUUUUAGGCCUGACCUAUCAUAAUUUUAAAGCCUAUAGUUUAGGCCAAAAAAGUCCUUAAAUUUAAAGGUGAAUACUUUCAUUAGAAAGCUUUACUUUAGUCCUAAAAUUUAGCUUCCAAAUGUUUUUUCCCAAAAAUUCUCACGAUCAUAAAUUUUUCACUUUUUUCUAUUUUCUAGAAUUUUUCAUCGAUUUUUUCCAUUUGCCACGUGGAUUUCAAGAGCUCUAGAAAAUUUCGGUCCCAAAAUUUCACAGCAUACCAAAUAAAAUUGGAUCAAUAAUUUUUCGCGCCACUUUUUUUUCGCAAACAAUCUGGUUCGGAUCGGCUCAUAAAUUUUUGCCCGCUGGCCAAAAAAAUCGAUUUUAUUUUCGAAAAAGAUUUUUCGCGCCAAGUUUUUGGCAGGCGGGAAAACUUGCGAUUUGAAAUUUGAAAUUUCAGUCUCCGAAAAUAUCGUCAUGUCGACUUUUAGGUCUAAAAAUUUAAAAAUUUUGAAAUGGCGUCAUUCAAUUUUUGGGUAAAUAUGUUUAGCAUUUCUUAUGUACCUUUAAAAUUAUAGUGUCAUGGUCAAAUUAUUUUUUUCCUCUUUUUAUUUCUGUGUAUUUUCUUCCCUAAUCCGGUCAACCAACAAAAGAAGCCCGAAGGGAAGUUAUUAUAACUACAUAUAGAAAAAAAGAAGAAAAUAUAUAAUACUUAAUAAUUUUGGGAAAUAAUUGCAGGUUAGAAAUGAAAUUUUCUCACAAAACAUCGAUUUUCUUUUCUUUUCGCAACAAAAUUCACACGCUUUUUAAAUAUGAAAAUUUACGUUUCUGAAAAAGACAGCCGCGUGGCCUAGUGGUCUACACGCCGGCCGAUCUUUUGCAAAACCAGGGUUCGAUCCCACCCGCUGCCGAAUUUUAUUUUAAAUUUUUCGCAACAUUUGUAUUUACGAAAAUGUUUCUCUCAUAGGACUACGGUAGGAGAGAGAGAGUGUGGGAAAGCGAGAGAAGGAGAGAGGUAGAGAGGUACACAUGGCGCCGCGUUUGUUGUAUUGAUUGAGCUCUGAAGAGAAAUUGAGAGACGCAGAGAAGCGGAGGACAUUUUUUGACUACGGUAUCUCUCUUCUCUUAGAAAAAACAUUUUAUUUUUAGUUUUCGAAAAAAUCAUAGUUAUGUUAAGUAGACGAGAAAAACGAAGAUUUUUUGGGCUUCGCAAAGGUUUGAAAAUAAUUUUUUGUUUCAAAAAAUUUUUUUGAUAAUUUGAAAUGCUGUGAAGUCUAACAUUUUAUUGAUUUUUCUGUUUGCCAUUUUUUUUUGAAAUGUUCAAAAAUUAAUUUCAGGUUGUUGCUCACCUCAAAAAGUGCCAGCAUUCAGUGCGGAGCAGGAAAAAAUGCUGGGAAAAUCGAAUGAACCGCAGAGUUUUGUCAACAAGGGGAACAAGGUUGGUGGGAUUUUUGGAAGAAUAUGACGUGGCUAUAGUCCGUCACCUGCGGAAAAUUUUAAUUUUUAAAUAUUGAUUUUUAGUGCCGAGCCCGAGUCUAGAUCGCAAGCUUUUGUGCCGAAAAUAUCAACAAAAAAUUGAAUUUAGAAAAAAAUCUAAACGUGACCCGAUAAUUCGUUUUCACGUGACUUUAAAAUUUAAAAUUUCAUUUCUCAAAAAUUUUCAAUGAAGCCAUCACUCGCUGAAAUCUUAUUCACCUUCCACCAAAAUUCCAAAAAACCAUUCCAGGACGCCAAAUCGGAUUUGAUCGAUCUCGAAGAUGUCGUAACUCAUUGGGCAAAAGUCAUUUUCGACACAACAAAAAGCAAAUCCGAGGCAAAGAUCAAAAAGAAGUACUUGCAGGUUAGUAGGCUAAGUCUAAAGAGGGGUUUGCAAGCUUCCUGGCAAUUUUGAUUUGAAAUUUAAUUUUUCAGUUCCUAAAAAUUUAAAUUUCAAAAAAAUCUUUUCGAAUCAAAAAAUUGUGGUUCAUAUACAUAGUUAGGUUAACUCUCCAGGGAUACUAAAAUAAUUGUUUGUCAUCUCUUCGCUCAAUUUCCCCUCUGAUUAAUCCUUUCCGAGUUGAGCUCCUAAAUCUAAUUAUAGCUUUUAUGGGGAAAAGGGGGAAAUUGGCACCUUUUAAAAAUAAAAAUAAAAUAAAUAAAUAUAUGGUGUCUCCUAAGGGAGAGGAAAUUAAACAUUUAUUUUCUAUUUAGAAAGCAUGUCACGCAGAAAUUUGAUAUAAGGACAUUUUUAUUUAUGAGCCGAGCCGAGCCACAAGAGCACACAAUAUUUUGAUUAAAGUCACUCAAGGGACCAUUCGGGAGAGAGUUAUUUAAAGUUGUAAAUUUUUAUUAUUGACACCGGGGUGUUAAACAGCAGUUGGUGGCGGCAACACCUUUUGGUGAUGAUUAUUUACAACACUUGACUUAGGCUGGGGAGCUAGAAUAUUUUUUAUGAUCCCGAAAAUCUGAGGGCCAAAAGACAGCUCAUUUUUUAGCGAUGACAAAAUUGAGUUUGAAAUUUUAAUUUGCCACGUGGAUGCAAAUUUUUCUGUUUUUUUUCAGUACAACAUCAAUUGGACAAAAUUGUUCCAAGAAUGCUCGGAGCCAAUCUACACUGUACUUGGAGCAAAACCAAAUGUUAUUGAUAGUGUGAGUUGAAUUUUUUGAAGAAGGCAAAAAACAUUUCAAAAAAUUUUUUGCAGAAACAAGACGAAAAAGUGCUGUUCAAAACCACAUUUGCCAAUACAACGCAAAGAGAACAAGAAUAUUCAUUCAAAACCGAGCGAGCAACUCGUAGCUCAUCUACAGUAAUCAUCGAAAAAGGUGUUUGCCGUGGAGCAGAAGUCUCUCUAAAACUCAAAACACCGUGCGAAAUUGUUGAGGCGAAUGCCGGUUUCACAACUGAAGUUAUGCUAAAUCACAUUGGUGAGAAUACAAACGAAGAGGAAUUGUCAUGGGGUGUUGAUAGUUGUGUAAGAGUUCCACCAAAUUCUGAAACUGUGGCUGAACUUGUGAUUAUUGAGGACAUUUUGACGAGAGAUUUUCGAAUUGAGAAUCGAUUGAGUGGCAAAGUUUUGGUGACAAGUAAGUGUUUUCGGAGGGAAAUAGAAAUUUUGUAUGGAAAUUGGGUUUGAAGAGGUGUCAAGAGUCCUUAAGUGUGAAUAAAAUAUGACUAAUUUGCAGUCACCAACUUGAAGGAGAACAAUAGUUUGGUGACGGUUAUUGAGGGAAAUAUUACGGAUAUUAUUCGAGGAAUGCCGGAUUAUACAGCUAAGGGAUUCAGAUUUGAUGGACCCGUGAGUUUUUUCAAACAUUUUUAUUUUGAAAUUCAAAGCUCGCAAAGUUUUUGGCUAAUCUAGAAAAAAAAAUCAAAAUUUAAAUUUCGCUCUAAAAUAUUGAGUUUCGAAUUUGAACUUGUCACCUGGAUUUUUCGUUGAGAUUUUGUAAAAAACUUAGUUUUUAUUCCAUUCUGUGAACAGUUAAUCAGAAAAAUUACAUCAAUGUGAGAAAUUUGAAACGUAAAAAAUUAGGAUUUCAAUUUUUUUGGAAGAUCAGAUUUUUUGAUAGGAAACUUGAGAAUUACACAAUCCUCUUGGAAUUUCAGUCAGAAUUUUCUGAAAUUUUGAAUAACUAUUCGCAGAAUAGAUUUAAAAACCAAACAAUAUUAUAUAAAAAUUUUGAAACGUAUUUUUUUUCACAAGGGAACCUUUUUUACUCAACACUUCAAAUCAUGAUGAAAUUUGGUCCAUGGACAGAUUUUGGGACCAUAAGAACACCCUAAAAAUUUUAGUCUCCCAAUGGACCUCUGAGCCAAGUUCUGGGCUCUCAAAAACUCAAAAAAGGCCUAAAAAUGGUCAUAAAAGUCAUCAUAGCUCCAUUUCAAAAUUUUUUUUGGUGGAAAUGAAGUUUCAGAUAUUGAUCAGCAUAGUCGAUUAGCUAAAAGUCAAUCAAUAAAAAACUUUAUUUCGAAAAAUUUUGAAGUUGUUUAUUUUUGGGCUGAAAAUUCACGAAAAUUCAUAUGUGCCCCUGCUCAUUCUUUUUUUCAAAAUCAAAAUUUUUUCUGAAAAUUCGAUUUAUUGAUGGUUUUUGAGUAAAUCGACCACGCUGAUCAUCAUCCGCUACUCAGUUUUUCAUAAAAUUGAUCGAGAAUUGAGUUAUGAUGUGUUUUAUGAGCCAUUUUUGGCAAUUUUCGAACUUUUGAGAGCCCAGAACUUGGCUCAGAGGUCCAUUGGGAGACUAAAAUUUUUAGGGUGUUCUUAUGACCCCAAAAGCUGUCUCUGGACAAAAUUUCAUCAAGGUUUGAAGUGUUGAGUAAAAAAGGUUUCCUUGUCAGAUAAAUUUGAAAUUUUUCUAAAUUUGUAUGUCCAAAGUUUUGUGAAAAAAAUUGAUCCAAACUUUUUUUUCCCAGACAAAACUUGCGAAGAAUCAGAAUAAUAUAUCAAAUUCUCAAAAAUGCAACACAUUUUUGACUAAGAAGAGAAUGAAAUGUCAAUCUUUUGGGGCGCGCUUUUCAAAUUUAUGAUCGCGCGCGAAGAAACAAUAACUUUGGUUGAACAACAGAUGUGUGAUGAUUUAUUAUAAGUAUGAGAGCCUUUGAGAAAAUGUAGUUGGGGGAAUUUUUUUUGAAUAAGAAAAUAAGGGGAUUCUGAAAACUUGAAAUCGGUCUUCCCCCAAAAAAUCCCAAAUUUUCCAGGCUGUAAUUUACGAGACUCGCGGUCAAUGUGUUUUCCGAUACGGAGUUGAGCAAAAAGUUCGAAUCAACGAAUAUCCGCUGACCGGAUCGGCUAGAAGAUAUUAA